AUGGAUGAAAUUUAUACGUUGGCAGAAAAGCACCUAGCGGAUCGUGAUUUGCCGAGUGAUGAUGAAUCUCUACUCGCAUAUAAUGGUCCAGCUGUAGAAGUGACAAAUGCAGUUGCACUACUGUUAAAGAAACGUUUCACAAUACGAUCUGCAUUCACUGCAUACCGACGCAUGCGCAGUCUUCAAAUUGCUGACGAAUAUAAGGGGGAAAAUUUGGAUCGAGCCAAUUUCAGCUAUGCCAUAUCGUCCUUGCAUAACAAAGUGGAAAGUAUCCUACAAGAGCAAAACGAUGACUUUGGUAAAAAUCCAGAGCAGAAGCGGGGUGUGGUGGAUUCUGUACGAGCUUUCAUUUCGGAAGAAUUUCAGUUCAGAUUCAGACAUCUGGAGAUGUUGCAAUCAGAAGAAGCGGACCUGAACUUGCCGAUUUUGAGCGAAAAAUGUCAAUCAUCAGAGAUCAAUGGAACUGAUUCGAAUGUGACUCUGGAGUCGGCGAAAACUCGUAAACGAUCUGGAAAUGCUAUCGAUCAAGGAAAAAGCGGACAGCAGACUCGUUCAUCAACUCGUAAACGUUCUCAGAAACGUAUCAGCUCACCGUCACCUGAAUUACAGCGUUCCCAAUCUGUAAGAAGCCGACGAUCCUCCAGAUCGUCACGCUUCUCCAGAACUAAUCGAGAAUCAAGGAUCAUCGCGCACGAUGAAUCCCAAACACCUGCCUAUUCUUAUUCGUCGCCUCAUAAUAAUAGUACUGAUCAGUUUGUGUCACCGAGUUCUUCUUUUGAACUGAGCCACAACGGAAAAAAAUCUGUGCAUGUGAUGGCCGGUGAUUCUGUUAUGCCAGAUCCUUCUAGUUCAGAAUCGGUCGUGGCGUCAAAUCGCGAAACUACGGCUGCUCCGACAAGAAGACAGUCACAAAAGCGGAUUUUGCAGUCGAAGCGAAGGGUCAGCGUUGCAUCAUCGCCAAAGAAACGCCGAAAUUCAUCGACCAGUAACAUUCAGGAUCAAGUCCGGGAAGCUAGCGAAUCGGCUGUUCAUAAAAUCUUACAAAUGUUAAGCACUGAAGGUAUGUGGACUUCGGACAGUCAGGUUCAGUUGUCUAAACGGUGCAAGGUUGACAGAUCAGUGACGAGUGAGAAGAGUGCUGUUGUUCAGUUGAAAACAGGCAUUAUUUCACCUCAAGGAGCUCAUGAUACGAGCAAUGAAUAUGAGUUGGAGAAACGAGUGAGUGAAUUGUUGAGUGUGAUAAGCAAGUUGGAAGAAGCGAAACGAGAUUGUGAAACGGAGCUGAGAUCGGCGAUCAGGCAGCUGAGUAAUGCUAAAGCUGAAAUUAAACGUUUGAAUGAUCUCAAUGCUGAACUCAGUAAACAAGAAGUAGCAAUAAAACGUAACGGUGAAUAUACGGAUGAGCUAAAAGCAUGUUUAUGCCAUUUGAAGAAGGCUGGUGUACCGGACACGAAAUGUGGCGAAGUGAUCAUAUCAGUUGGUGUGCUUCUGGGCCGCAGAGUUGUUGCAGAUGAUAGCAAUGAUUAA